CUGGGAAUCGCAGUUCUUUGCUCUGUGUAGGCCCCUCCUGUUUCCGGUGUCGUCACGGGACAGAGCAGUCGGUGACAGCCCCGAGGGCCCCCGCCCGGCACCCAUGGCCGAGCCGGACCCCUCUGACCCUCUGGAGAACCAGGCAGGGAAGGUGCAGGAGGCACAGGACUCAGACUCAGAUUCUGACACUGAGGGAGGAGCUGCCGGUGGAGAAGCCCAGAUGGACUUCCUGCGGAACCUCUUCUCCCAGACGCUGGGGCUGGGCACGCAGAAGGAGCGACUGCUGGACGACCUCUCCCUGGAAGGGGUGAGCCGCUACAUGCAGAGCGAGCGCUGUCGCAGGGUCAUCUGCUUGGUGGGUGCUGGAAUCUCUACGUCUGCUGGCAUCCCUGACUUCCGCUCCCCAUCCACCGGCCUCUACGCCAACCUGGAGAAGUACCACCUUCCGUACCCCGAGGCCAUCUUUGAGAUUGGCUACUUUAAGAAACAUCCAGAGCCCUUCUUCGCUCUUGCCAAGGAACUCUAUCCUGGCCAGUUCAAGCCGACUGUCUGUCACUACUUCAUCCGCCUGCUCAAGGAGAAAGGGCUGCUGCUACGCUGCUACACGCAGAACAUAGAUACCCUGGAGCGAGUGGCAGGGCUAGAGCCUGAGGACCUGGUGGAAGCCCAUGGCACCUUCUACACUUCCCACUGCGUCAGCCCUGUCUGCCGGCAGGAAUACCCGCUCAGCUGGAUGAAAGAGAAGAUCUUCUCGGAGGUGACUCCCAAGUGUGAGAAGUGUCAGAACGUGGUGAAGCCUGACAUCAUCUUCUUCGGAGAGAACCUCCCACCUCGUUUCUUCUCUUGCAUGCAGUCAGACUUCAAGAAAGUGGACCUCCUCAUCAUCAUGGGCACCUCCCUGCAGGUGCAGCCUUUUGCAUCCCUCAUCAGCAAGGCCCCCCUCUCUACACCACGCCUACUUAUCAACAAGGAGAAGACCGGCCAGACUGACCCUUUUCUGGGCAUGAUGAUGGGCCUCGGGGGAGGCAUGGACUUUGACUCCAAGAAAGCCUACAGGGACGUGGCCUGGCUGGGUGACUGUGACCAAGGCUGCCUGGCCCUUGCUGACCUCUUGGGAUGGAAGAAGGAGCUGGAGGACCUUGUCCGGAAGGAGCACGCCAACAUAGAUGCCCAGCCGGCCUCUGGGGUCCCCAACCUGACCUCUUCAGCUUCUCCCAAGAAAUCUCCUACCAAGGCGAAGACCAAGAGCAGCGAGCCAGAGAAACCCCAGUGACAGCUGCUUGGUCCAGGGACAGCUGAGCCCCAACCAGCCCUGGCCCCCUCUAACUCUCAGCUCAGAAUACCUCCCCAGUCUCUUAACCACUCCCUCAGGAAACCCAGGUGCCUGCGGGACAAAUCUCUUAACACCUCCCCGGGGACUGACUUGGGCAGCCUAUCUCUAACAGUCCUGCAGCCUUGAACCCUCCCAGCGGCCAGGGGGUGACGAUCUCUAAUCUCUAACUGCUCCCAGGGCCCAGCAGUGCCUCCACACUUCUAACCAUCUCAGGAUGGGAUCCCGGGGCCCCCUGUGCUCUCUACUGCCCACAGCGGGGCCGGAAACUCACACCUAGGGUGGGGAUCCAAGUCUGAAGCCCUCCCAAGUCUUUGCCUCUGGCUCUGAAAGUGGGUGUUGUGUCCCUUUCAACUGGGGGCCCACUUCCCACAGAGGGACUGACAGACAACAUUGCUUCCUAGAGACAAAUUAAAAACCACCACAACUAGCAAA